AUGUUCGCCAAAGCUCGAAAUGUGGUUAUCAACGGCGGUUCAUUCGCUACCCUCAAUGGCAGUCCAUUCCUCCUCGGUUGGCAGAUCUUGCAAGAACGCGUCGUGUUCGGUGCAAUUCAUGACUCUGUCGAACGAUUCGAUCCACCAAAGUGCCAUCCCAGGACUCGCACCCAGGUCCUUGCGAGAAUCAUGGAUUGGAUAAAAGUCACCCCUUCCUCAUCCCGCCUUCUAUGGUUAUAUGGCCCUGUUGGAGCUGGGAAGUCCGCAAUUGCCCAGUCCAUCGCGGAGCUGUGCCAGGCCCAAGGCUUCGCGGUCGCAGGUUUCUUCUUCUCUAGAACAACACCGAAGCGCAACGAGGCGACUUUUCUCAUCUCUACGGUUGCAUAUCAGCUGGCGUCGGCGAUCCAAGGCAUUCAAGGAGAAAUUUUACGAAGGAUAGAAUGCGAUCCUGGCCUCGUUCAGCGUUCCCUUCAAACUCAAUUUGAGAAGCUCAUCGUUGAACCUCUCAACCAAAUAUACCUCGAGUCUUAUCAUGACGGUCUGCCAGUGGUGCUUAUCCUCGAUGGCAUAGAUGAAUGCAACGACCCCAAAGUCCAUAGCCAUCUCGUUACGGCCCUCGUUUCCGCCCUCCAGCACUCCGCAUCCCCAAUCGUAAUAUUCAUGACCAGCCGCCCAGAGAAGCAUAUCCAACUUCGCUUCAAGGACGUUUUCAUCCGAUCUAUCACCUCAGAAAUGGACUUGCAGCACGACUCUGCAGCACUGGCUGAUAUCCAUACAUUUCUUUGCGAGAAGUUUGCCGAAAUCAAGCAAACACAUCCAUUGAAGAAAUAUAUCCCCGCAGCCUGGCCACCUGAAGAGGCUAUCACAAUGAUCGUGCAAAAAUCGUCAGGGCAGUUCGUAUAUGCGUCGACAGUUGUUCGCUACGUCCAAGCCAUAGACUACCACCCUAUGCAACGCCUCGAGAUUAUGCUGGGCCUUGCACCCCCGCCCACAAGUCAUUCGCCGUUUGCCGAUCUGGAUGAGCUGUAUUUUCAAGUUCUGACAUCGGUCGACGAUAUUAAAGCAUCCCUUCUCGUCCUGGGUGUUCUCCUUCUACCAGGCAAUCAGGCCAUUGGCAAAGAUGCCCAACCCGAUAUGCUGGAUCGACUCCUAAAGUAUCAACCCGGCCGCACUCAGCUGCUCCUAAACAAGAUGGCUUCCAUUGUGAGCUACGACAGUGCGAAGCAUCCCACCAUCCAGCUCCUUCAUGCCUCGUUAUCCGACUUUCUACUGGACGAAUCCAGGUCGAACGAAUUUCAUGUAGACUUGGGGAAUGCACACACAGCCCUUGCUCGGGGAUAUCUCCAUCUUGCGUCAGAAGGACAUACAUCGGAGGAGGAUGAAUUUCCUUACGACGACCUAGUUCGUUAUCAUUGUCUAUUUAUUCAGCAUUUGUGGCAGGCGUCUUAUUCCAAACAGCUUAUUGAAGAUAUUCUGGCGUUUGAUCUGGCACAAGUCUACCCGAGAUUCAACAGUCGAAGAAACGCGAAGUAUCGAGCCUCAACCGAUCUUCUACUGCUCUGCCGUUUUGUAAACGACUUCUUCGAGUGCAUUACUAAAUCUGAGGUUCUCCGAGAUGUGAAAGAAGUUUCACUGCAUCAUCAAGCAGGCUUUGAUCAUCAUCUACGAACGCUACUGAAAGGCUAUACUGCCCACACUUCUUUGCUCGACUGCUUGACACUCUUCAGUCUCUACCAUGAUACCCCAGAAGACGAAUGCCGUUCCACUCACAUAUUAAAUUGCAUCAAUGCAUUUCUCGACCCCUUUGCUCCUCUUCACAUCCACCGCAUCGAUCAGGAAGGCAUCGACGUCAGAGGCCUGUUACUAUUGCUAGAAACACCUGCACAGGGCUUUGGAAUCGUUGCGCAAACUAAUUUGAAGGCUUUGGAGGGCUAUGCAUACCUCAUCUGCAACUUUAUGCGGGAUCUCAAUCGCUCCAUUCAGUUUUGCGCCACCCCAGAGAAGUAUGCACAAGCAGCAGUUCGAUGUUUGAGGUUGCUUUGCGAGCCGAGGGACUCUGCACACCAUUUAGAGCCAUCUCGCAUAGAAGAUCCGAUGGCGAAGAAAUACAACAGCCUUCUCAGUUAUGCGUCUAUCUUACUGUCUAAAGCCGGUCCAUUGGACGACUUGGCAUUGUUCUUAUCGCAAAACCAAAUACGAGGAUCGUUAUUACGAUUCAGGUGGUGCGAGGGCUCGGUCGACGUCUUGCAGAGGGAAAUGGAUCGUUAUCUUGCGAGAAAGCAAGGGAUGAGCAAAGUACUUUACCAAUUCUGUAUCAUUCUGUGGACUCUGUUUUUGAGAUGCUACUUCGCAAUUUCAUGA